AGGCCGAGUACCACACACAAACACGCAGUCACACACAAGAGAGGGGAGGAGCUAGCUAGCAAUGGCAGCAGCGCUCGCCACCGUGGUUGCCGUCGCCGUUCUUGCUGCCGCGGCGGCGGCGGCGGCGGCGCCGGCGACGUCCAAGAAGCCGGUGAUCUACAUAUUUGGCGACUCGAUGUCGGACGUCGGGAACAACAACUACCUUCUCCUCUCCCUCGCCAAGUCCGACUACCCCUGGUACGGCAUUGACUACGAGACCGGCUUCCCUACCGGCAGGUUCACCAAUGGCAGGACCAUCGGAGACAUCAUGGCCGCCAAGUUCGGCGUCCCGCCGCCGCCGCCGUUUCUGUCGCUGUACAUGACCGACGACGAGGUGCUCGGUGGCGUCAACUUCGCGUCCGGCGGCGCCGGCCUCCUCAACGAGACCGGCAUUUACUUCGUCCAGUACCUGUCGUUCGACAACCAGAUAUCGUCGUUCGAGCAGAUCAAGGACGCCAUGAUCGCCAAGAUCGGCAAGAAGGCCGCCGAGGAGGUGGUCAAUGGCGCCAUCUUCCAAGUCGGACUUGGGAGCAACGACUACAUCAACAACUUCUUGCGGCCGUUCAUGGCGGACGGCAUCGUGUACACCCACGAAGAGUUCAUCGGCCUCCUCAUGGACACCAUGGACCGGCAGCUCACUAGGCUGUACGAUCUCGGCGCGCGUAACAUCUGGUUCAGCGGGCUCGCGCCGCUCGGCUGCAUCCCGUCGCAGCGCGUUCUCUCCGACGACGGCGGGUGCCUGGACGACGUGAACGCGUACGCGGUACAGUUCAACGCCGCCGCCGCGAGCCUCCUCGAGCGCCUCAACGCGAAGCUCCCCGGGGCGCGCAUGUCGCUCGCCGACUGCUACUCCGUCGUCAUGGAGCUCAUCAACCACCCGCAGAAGUACGGGUUCAAGACGUCGCACACGUCGUGCUGCGACGUGGACACGACGGUGGGCGGCCUGUGCCUGCCGACGGCGCAGCUCUGCGACGACCGCACGGCGUUCGUGUUCUGGGACGCGUACCACACCUCCGACGCCGCCAACCAGGUCAUCGCGGACCGCCUCUACGCCGACAUGGUGAGCGCCGGCGCCGUGCAGGGGAUCAAGGGAAACGCCACCACCACCGCCUCCUCCCCCGCGCCUCGCGUCGUCGUCGUCGGCGGCGCGUCGCCAUCGACCCACGCCGCGCCGCCUCCCAAGCCUUGACGAACAGACAACAGAUCCACCGGCCACCGUGCGCCGGCGCAACGCCGCCGUCGCCUUUUCGUGUUGCAGCUCGUGCUCCAGUCGUAUUGAUCUCCAUUGUAAGUGUUUGAUGAAAUGAUGAGUAGUGUCGCGAUUGUUCAGCUUUUCCAAAUCAGAA